AAAAAAAAUCGAAAGAAGGGUGUUUGCGUUGUUUGUUUCUGUUGUUUGGAGGAGCUUUUGGAUAUCGCGCAAUCACCCCAACAAACAUCAGCUCCAACUCGCACUCAGGUUCGGACUCAGUGUUUCAAUCGGAACGCAGUAUCCAAGUGCAAAGAAGCUCCUCGUCGUCCGUCGUUUGCUUUUCGCUGUGUGCCCGAUUGUGCGAUUUUUUUUGUUGUGUAAAAAGUGCACUUGUGUGGGAUGUUGAAAUUUUCGUCGUGAGAAGUUCCGAACUGGUGCCAAAUUUGGAUUAUCGGAUUACGUGUAUUGAUUGAUUGGAAUUUUCGAAUUGGAUCGAAUAUCUUGUUCUACGCUUCGAUUCAAGGCCAGUGUUAGAAUAGUGAAAAGGGUGGAAAAGCUGUUUAAACCUGUGGUUGUGUUCUCCGGAGCUGCGUUUUGAUUGUGGUGACCGCCCUUUGGGGAGUCUUAGCAAAACAAAGCCAAAAGAGGGGGCUGAGUAAUACAAGCUGUGAAGGAAAAUAUAUAUAAGCGAAUUGAAUAGUGAUAACGAUUUUAUAUUGUAUCUCUGGAUAUCAAACAUUGAAGUGUUGCAGUUGGAUAAGAAUCGUCCCAUAAGGAAUGGAGGAUUUCACUCCUUUGAUCAAUCUACAGCAGCUUUGAAUAUAAGACUCUAGCAGGAUUUGCUCUCUUCCGCUCAAGUGCAAGUAUAGCAGUAUUAUCAUCGCAAAAAAAGAAGACAUAAAACGGAUACAAGAUAAUUGCCCCCUUGUAAAAGAAUCGGUACGGCAGAAAGCAAAAAAAAAGCGUGAUUAAUCCCAGAACCCGUAAAUCUUUCCACAUCCGAUAUUGGACCGAAGUCGUCGUUGGCUAUAAGAGGGACGAGAAAAGCGAGUUUUCCGUGCAACAGUUUCGCUUCCGGUUCUCGAAGGAUGAAAAACGAGCGAGAACCAUUGCUAAGCACCUCAGACAACUCGUUCGACGCGACGAACAAUGAGCACCAGCACCUGCUAGCGCGGCCCGAUCUGCGCAGCUCUCCGGAGAAUAUGAUCGUCGAUGUUGGCAACGAUAACGACAGCCUUUCGCAGACGGCCUCCAAGGAAGAUCCGGCCUAUGGUUCGGCGAGUGACGCGUACGAUCCCUCGAUGCACCGAACGUUGGAACAUCCCACCACCAAUAUGGACACGAUGAUUCACCUGCUCAAAGGAAACAUCGGAACCGGAAUCCUAGCGAUGCCGGAUGCCUUCAAGAAUGCCGGACUGUACGUGGGCCUGUUCGGGACACUGCUGAUGGGUGCGAUCUGCACCCACUGUAUGCACAUGUUGGUCAGGUGUUCGCACGAACUCUGUCGACGGUUACAGGUCCCCUCGCUGAACUUUGCCGAAGUUUGCUCUAGGUCUUUUGAAACGGGACCGAUUGGCCUGCGACGGUAUUCGAAUCUUGCAAGGACACUGGUUAAUAUGUUCCUGGUGAUUACUCAACUAGGCUUCUGUUGUGUGUAUUUCGUAUUCGUGGCUGCAAAUCUAAAGGAAGUAGUCGCACACUACUUUUUCGACCUGGAUACUAGGGUCUACCUGCUGCUGAUGUUGGUCCCCAUGGUGCUACUGAAUCUAGUUAAGAACCUGAAGUUCCUUACGCCAGUCUCGUUGGUUGCGGCUUGCCUGACUGUGGCAGGUCUCGCGUGUACAUUCUACUUCGUUCUACAGGAUCUACCCAAUACGCAUACGGUGAAACCUUUCGCUUCCUGGGCACAAUUGCCGCUGUAUUUCGGAACGGCUGUGUACGCAUUUGAAGGAAUCGGAAUUGUUCUGCCGCUGGAGAACAACAUGAAAACUCCGGAAGAUUUCGGUGGUUGGACUGGAGUACUGAAUACAGGAAUGGUUAUCGUGGCCUGCCUUUAUACGGCCGUUGGGUUUUUCGGAUAUCUGAAGUACGGUGAAGGCGUACAAGGCAGCAUCACACUGAAUUUGCCGGGAGAUCAGUUCAUUGCCCAACUGGUCCGGAUUAUGAUGGCGCUGGCCAUCUUCUUCUCCUACGGUCUACAGUUUUACGUGCCCAUCUCGAUCCUGAACCCCUCGAUCAAACGACGCCUUCACUCCGAACAGGCCCAACUAAUCGGUGAGUAUUUGCUGCGGGUCGGGUUGGUUGUGUUUACCUUCCUGCUGGCGGCCAUGAUUCCCAAUCUGGGAGCGGUCAUCUCACUGGUCGGAGCCGUGAGCAGUUCCACGCUGGCACUGAUCUUCCCGCCGUUGAUCGAGAUCAUUACUUUCUGGCCGGACGGCCUCGGCAAGAACUACUGGGUUCUGUGGAAGGACAUUGCGAUCAUGACUUUCGGCAUCUGUGGGUUUGUGUUCGGGACGUAUACCAGCGUGGCGCAGAUCAUCAAUCCGGAUUUACACUAAGCUGUGAGGGAUGGGAAAGGCGCGUUACAGGCGGUUAGAUUUCUAAGCUUUUUUAAAACUGCAGGAGAGAUUGUACAAUACCUACAAAGUGAAACAAAAAAUUGAGGAAACCAGCGAAAAGUGUGAAACGAAGGAAGAUCUUAAGCACCAAAUGGUGUGUGAUUUGAAAAUAACAAGGUUUUAGUUUUAGCCGUAUGAUAGCCAUCACAUUUGAUCCUAGCUUUAGGGGUACUGAACGAGGCAAAGUGUAUUCUAGAGAGGUAUGGCAUAUGAGGAAGGCGUAUUAGCUAUAUUUAGUGCACUAUUGGAUUAUAGUGCCAAAAUCGAGAAAGGAAUAGACGAGUGGAGAGCAUGCGUACGUAGUUACUGUAGGUGUAAACUUUUUGCGGUGUAGAAUUGUGUUAACUUUGGAUGUUCCGAAGGCCAAAAUGAUGCUACUCUCGAUCAUAGCAAGGGUAGCAAAGUUAACGUGAUUAAAUGUGAGUUACUUUAGUUUAGAACAUUAGCUUGUAAGAGUCGCCCGUAAUCGUAAGCUAAAAUGUGCAUUUUUUUCUAACUACUCGAUCCAAGUCAUGGAACUUUCUGUAAUAUAUGUGUUUCUUAAGAAAGGAAUAAUUUUGUUUUGGAGUGGUACUGGGGGUUGAUUAAUUCGGUUGAAUGAGUCAAAUGCAUGGAUUAAUCCCAACCACGUUUUGUGUCAAAAUUGUUCAUUCAAAAUUUAAUUAUUUGUUGUAAAUUCAUAUGUUUUAUGUUUAAAUUCAUUUGGAUUAUACUAUUCUCUUUUCUUCAAGAUUUUCACUCCUUCAGCUCUUCGAGAUUCUUCUGAAACAUUUCUCUAUUAUUGAAAGUUUUUUUAUUAUUACUUCUUCUUAUUUACAUACAAAUGACUGCUACUUGUCGAAUUGACAACAUGAAAAAAACUAAGAUUUUGCGAAUCAUUUGAAUGUCUACUCUUUUGACCGAAUUAAUCGUCACAUAUUAUGCAACCAACAGCACAAGUUGACAAAAUCCUCGGUAAGUUCGGAUGCAAAAUAAAUAAUAAAAAAAUACAUCGCAAUCUGGUAUCAGAGUGAUAAUAGUCCUAAUUUGUGUAUAAUCAUAUGUUAAGUAACGCAUUAACUCCCGAUGUAAUGAAACGUUACUUAUCAAGUAAUAUUAUAGCAUGACAAUAAUCUAUAUUAUAGUAUCAGCAUUAGCUAUGGUUCGAAAAGUAUUUAGUGUGUAUUCGAUCAUAAAACGAAAAAAUGCCAUCGGCAUCAAUCCAUUUUGUUAAGUUUCCAAAUGUAUCGUACUAUCUUCCAUCGUAUCUCCUCGGCGAAUUGGAUUCGGACUGUGAAUUGCAUUAAAAUGCCUAAUUUAAACCAAUACCAGCGAGAGAGGAGGCUGAGCUAUGAAAUCGAAAAAAGGAGGGAACACACCUUCAGAAACGAAAUCAAAAAACUAGUGAAUCUGUUACUACGUUAUAUCUUUAAAUCUUGCAUAUUAGUUACUUCUACUGUAUUAUGACAACGCGAAGACAAUAAAGCAUCGCUGUUCUUUCCACCUACCGACCUAUUCCCUUCAGUUGGAAGUAUAUCCACUCUUGAAUCAUCGUUUUCAGUUAUGGACGUGUGAUAUAGGUUUAAAACAAAAAAGUAAGAAACUAUUCAAAUUACCUAGGUAGUUCUGUUUUGUAGAAAAUUUAAUCACUCGAAAGUCAUUCCAAUACACGGAAUCGUAAAUUAACCUAAGCAACGAAGCUCAAACAGUAGAUGUUGAGUGUCGUAUCAGUUUACAGUAUACACGGCUACCAGCAUACAUCCUUAUCCGAUAUUAGCGUGUUCAGUGUUUUUUGUGUUAUCAACCUGCAAGAUGAAGGAAAGUUUCGGUGGAUUAAAACUGACAUGUAAAAUAUAUACCCAAUUGAUGCAUCAUGAUAACACUUCUAAUAACCAAGCAGACUAAAGCAACUAAAGGAUAAUAAAUUAUACAAAACCAAAACAUUAGAGGGAAUUGACAUUGCAAGAAACCAAGCAUAUUUUUACUAAUA